AUGCGGGAAAAGGAGAUGCAAAGACUCCAAGCUGUUAUGCGGAAACAACUGGAGAAAGAAAAACGCCGGCAGGACAUGAUCCUGAUUAAGGCUGAGGAGAAUCGUAAGAAGACAUGGGAGGCGGAAAAACGCCAGCAGGACAUCAAGCUGAUUAAGGCUGAGGAGAAUUGUAAGAAGGCAGAGGAAAAAGAGCGUGUGAAGCAAGAAAAGACGGAGGAGAAGAGGCUAAACAAGGAGAGGAGCCUCCAGCUCAAACGAUUGGCGCUGGCAAAAGCAAAGGCGCUAAAGAAGCCAAACAAAGACAUGUGUUUAGCAGAUCUUAAGGUAUUCACGCACAGAGAGUCCGUACAUCAGAUGCUCUCCCAAAUCCCUGGUCUGCAAAGACACAACAGCAAAGAUGCGUUUGAUGUGGUGAAGCUGGAGAAAAACCAAGUGAGGGAGAAAACCGUGGCGAGUUGGUGUGUGGAGGAGCAGGCAAUGGAGGUGGACAUCCACCAACUGCAGCAGGUGGAGGCUCUGGAGAGGAGAGUCGUCUCUGCCGGUCUGCAGAUCAAGGGCUGGAUGCACCCUGAGCCCGAGUCAGAGAGGGAGGAUCUGGUCUAUCAAGAGGACAAUGCAGUGCGGCGGCCCAACAAUCCUCUUGAUAUAGCUGUCAUGAGGCUGGCAGAGCUGGAGAGGGGCAUUGAUCGAAGCAGUGAGGAGGAGGUGACUCCUGGGAUGAGACUGUGGCACCAAGCCCUCGGAGAAGUCCGCAGCUCGGCUCAGCUGUCGCUCUGUAUUCAGCAGCUGCAGAAAUUCAUCGACUGGGACCGCCCCGUCAUGAAAGUGCACUGCCACCGUUGUCAAGAGGGGGAUAAUGAAGAACUGCUCUUACUUUGUCACGGCUGUGAUAAAGGCUGCCACACCUACUGCCACAGGCCUAAGAUCACCACAGUCCCUGAAGGCAAAUGGUUCUGCUACAUUUGUGUGGCUAAAGAGAACGCUGAAUUACUCCGGAGUAGGAAGCUUCAGAACCGAGCAUUGGGGGGAGGGAAGCGAGGCAAGGACAAGCUUGACAGCGGUGGGUCCUGUGCCAAAAAAGCCAAACUGGCCAAAGACGAAAGAUAUUGGCUGGAAAUGUGCAGAGUUCUGCUGGCUUAGCUGGAGGCUCAUCAGGACGCGGGGCCCUUUCUCACUCCAGUCAACCUCAAAGCCAAACCCUGGUACAAGAGGAUCAUUAAGAAGCCUAUGGACUUCGCUACCAUCGGAAAAAAACUCAGCAACAACCAGUACCUUAAUUUCGAGACAUUCGUCAUGGACCUCAACCUGGUAUUUGACAACUCUUUGAAAUACGAUGAGGACGAUUCAACAAUCGGACGAGCAGGAAUAUCCAUGAAAGAAUUCUUUGCCAAACGAUGGGCUGAGCUCCUGAAGCAAAAUUAAAGCUAAAAUAUAGAAAAUCACUUUUGCUACUUUCUACUCAUCAA